AAGUUGAGAACCUUUCAUGCUGAAUUUGAUAUGUUCAGCUUAUUCAUUCCAGUUUCAGUAACAAUGUUACCCAUUAACUGGUGAUAUUUGUUUAUCGUGUCUUUGUCAUUUCCGUGCAAUGAGCUCGAAUUUGUUACUCUUUUUAUCAUAAAUAAGGACAAAUACAUCUGCAGCAGCGGUAAUAACGGUAUAAAAGUUUAAAAAGAAUUAUCGCCAACUCCAUUCGAACGAUAAAGAGAUUUUAAAAAUAUUUAAAAAUGGCAUGGACACACUAUCAAUAUGUUUUAGCAUUACUUAUGGUUGUUACUGGAUCUUUCAAUACAUUGUCUGUAAAAUAUGCAGAUCAACAAAUUGUACCAGGUGAAGAUGGUCAGCCCAGACAUUUUAAUCACCCUUUUAUGCAAUCGUCUUUCAUGUUCAUUGGAGAGAUGAUGUGUCUUUUAGUAUUUAAAGUUCUUUAUCAUUAUUAUAGUCGCAGAGGUGACAACUCUGUAGACAGCAAUCCAUUAACUAAAGGAUCACAUGUAUUUAAUCCUUUUAUUCUACUGAUUCCUGCCUUAUGUGAUACGUGUGCUACUUCUAUUAUGUAUGUUGGUCUAAAUUUGACAUAUGCUAGCAGUUUUCAAAUGUUUCGUGGCGCUGUUAUAAUAUUUACUGCUGUGCUUUCAAUGGGCUUUCUUAAUAAAAAACUAGAUAGUAGAGAAUGGAUGGGUAUAAUAAUGGUUAUAAUUGGUUUAGCUCUUGUUGGGCUUAGUGAUAUAAGUAUAGAAAAGUCAGAUGUCAGCACAAAUUCUAUUUUAACUGGAGAUCUACUUAUCAUAUGUGCACAGGUUAUAACCGCUGUUCAAAUGGUGGUAGAAGAAAAAUUUGUAGCAGGACAGAAUAUACCAGCAUUGCAAGCAGUUGGUUGGGAAGGUAUAUUUGGAUUCAUUAGUAUAUGUAUUCUAAUGAUUCCUCUUAACUUUAUACAUGCUCCACCUCCUUUUGCUGAUAAUUCAAAAGGAACACUUGAAGCCACUAAAGAUGCAUUCAUCCAGAUCGGAAAUAGUGGUCAUUUGCUGAUGGCUAUAGUUGGUAUAUCAUUCAGUAUAGCUUUCUUUAACUUUGCUGGGAUUAGUGUUACCAAAGAAAUUGGUGCUACCACAAGAAUGAUAUUAGAUAGUAUUCGAACAAUUAUCAUAUGGGCUUUCUCUUUAGCAUUUAGGUGGCAAGCUUUCCAUUAUUUACAGCUCAUUGGCUUCAGUGUUCUACUCAUUGGAAUGUGUUGCUAUAACAAUGUUAUUAUACCUCAACUAAUAAGAAAAUGUAGAUAUCGUCUAGGCCGUCAUAGACCACCACCAAAUGAUCGUGAACGAAUUAUUAAUACAGCAGCAGAUGACAUUCCAGAAACUCAAUAAAGAUAUAUUUCUCUUCAA